AUGGCUUCGGCACGUGCCGGGUUUGCCCUAAUUACUCCUGCCUCCCGUGGCAUUGGCUUCGCCUUGACACGACAGCUUCUCGCCCACACCGACCUUCCGAUAUGUGCGACAGCCCGAAAGGAUUGCGAUGUUUUACAUAAUAAGCUUGUAGAAUCUGUUGACUCAAAACGAGAUGCGGCGAAGAGGUUAACAGUCUUUGAAGUUGACGUCACAGAUGAGUCGAGUAUAUCCGAACUAGCUUCUCGUCUUCGCGAACAGUUCAGAGACAUCCCACUACGCCUAUCUCUAACCAUACCCGGCGUACUUCGUGUGGAAAAAUCGCCCAGUCAGGUCAACUACGACGAUGCCUUGGAGAGCUUCAAGGUCAACUCGUUAGGACCAUUAUUGCUGAUGAAGCAUCUCAAUACAUUUCUACCAACAAAAUCAGCUCAGUCAUUCUCUACGGAACCUUUUUCUCCGUCUACGGGUGGAGAAAAGGAAGACUCGCCUUUCAAAUUGCCCCUGCAUGCUAUUUAUGCUAUGAUGGCAGCUCGUGUAGGAUCAAUAUCAGACAAUGCACUGGGAGGAUGGUACUCGUACCGUGCUAGCAAGUCGGCUGUUUUCCAACUCGCCAAGACGUUCGAUCUGUAUCUAAGGACGCGCAGCGGUAAUAAUGCAUUAGCAGUGGCUCUACAUCCGGGCACAGUGCGAACGAAUUUCACACGCGACUAUUGGCAGGCUAGCAGGAAUGUUUUGGGUCCUGAUGAGGCCGCGGUCAAACUAUUGCAAGUUCUAUGUAAGAUACCUCCUGGGACGAAUGAUGGUAGGGGUCAUUGUUGGGAUUGGAAAGGGGAAGAGGUACUACCAUAG